ACUACAGCUUGCCCUUGCCUCUCAUCGCCUAGCACAAGAUCUAACUAAACCGACUAAUCCCACCCUUGUUAUACAAUCACAUAGGUUGCCCAGUUUAAUCAGGAGCCAUGGGUCAAACACCAUCACAGUUUAUGGAGGACAUGCAGAAGCGGUCUAACUGUGCGUUCUACGUUCCAUACGACUUCUGUUCUGUUCUGCGAUACUCAUUUGACCGUGCUGUACAGUCACAUCCGCUGAGCUUGAAAGAUUGAAGAAACGCUUUAUGAAGCUAGACAGCGAUGGCUCGGGCUCCAUAGAUCGCGAAGAAUUUCUACAAAUACCUCAAAUAGCUACCAACCCAUUAGCCUCAAGGAUGAUUGCCAUCUUUGAUGAAGAUGGAGGAGGGACUGUGGAUUUUCAGGAAUUUGUGGGUGGGUUGAGCGCAUUUAGCAGUCGAGGAGGGCGAGAAGAGAAGCUACGAUUCGCAUUCAAGGUUUAUGAUGUGGAUCGAGAUGGUUUCAUUUCCAAUGGAGAGCUGUUUCUGGUGUUGAAAAUGAUGGUCGGGAACAAUCUCAAGGAUCAACAACUGCAGCAGAUUGUUGACAAGACGAUCAUGGAGGGCGAUCUAGAUCGUGAUGGAAAACUUAGCUUCGAAGAGUUUGCCCAGAUGGUGUCAAACACGGAUAUUGUCAAGCAGAUGACGCUUGAAGACCUUUUCUGACAGCUUCGGCGCCAACGUUCCCUCAUACCCCGUUGUGUCUAUCACUCUCGUCUGUUGCAUCAUUAUCCAUCCAUCAUAUAGUGGCAACUUACAUGUAGUAUCGCCUUUGUUGUAGAGUAUAAGCUUCGGUCUCAGAUCACCAUAACACAAAUCACGGUACGUGAAAGCCGCUGGGAUCCGGAAAAGAGCGCUGUAUGUCACUCAUCAACAGAACUCGAAUGACCUAAAUAAAAUUACAAGCGUGACUACGAAACCUGUAAAUCAGGUCUUUACUAUUCAGCUUCAGAGUGUUGUCUGCACUCGGACAAACCAGGUCUAAUCAGG